AGCUAGGGCGUCAGGAUGGAGGAUGGGGAGGGGAAGGGAUACGAGUGCCAGAGGCGGAGGGUACCUGAGGUGAUUUCCAAGGUAUGCAACAGUUACGGUGACAUAGGGGACAGCGCGAAGGCAGUACGUCACGCUCACCGAGAGGAUGGAGUCGCUGACCUGUCCUGUGCCCAGUUGCAAGCCCAGCAGGAGGCGGAGGCCAUGGCGAGGGCGCUGCAGGAGCCCGUGACGCUGGGCACCCUCAAGCAGGACUCUCUCAUGAUUCCGGUGGCUAAGAUGAAGCAGUUCUUCCCAGCGGGGCAUCCGAUCCCAACUAUUGCGUCACAAGGGCGCCUACGACUGCUCGAAGCCCCUGAACACAACAUCCACGUGGUGUUCCACAUGAUGGGCUCGGCCGUCCAUGUCAACGCAGCACUGAGGUCUCCUCUCCUCGACUCGUACGCGCACCAGCGGGAGUGCGUCGUCAAGGCAUUCAAGGCAGCCGUGUCCGCAGCGAACGUUGGCGCCGGCACGCUUCAGGGCAUGGUUCUCCUCAACCUGGAACGAGGCGGCGAAAUGGGCGCAGUGGAGUUCCCGUUCAUGAUCGUGUGGUUCGUCGACGGCCGGCAGUGCGACGCCAAUCAGCUGAUCGGAAGAGUCCGGCAGAGCAGCCUGGAGACGCUGGACCCCAUGAAGACAGGGUUCACUUGUUCGCACUACUUUGACACCUUCGAGGAAGUGGCGACGCUAGCUCGGCCUCCUUUAGAGAAGAUGCAGCGGAAAGCCUCCACGGCCAACACGGGUUACAUCCUCACGGUUUUCCGAGUCUUCGAAGGGAACGACGGCGUCAAGUUCGAGAGGAACUGGCUUGGGUGGACGGGAGCCAGAACGCUGUACAAGAGCCUGACGAGCGAGGUCGGCCUCAAGCGGAUCACGCUGCACAAGUCGUCGCCUCAGAACGGGACCCUCCACUACGUCCUCAUGUGCGACUGCUCCAACUUCCUCACUUGCUUCAACAAAGCCGUCAAAGCCGUCCCUUCCUUGCGGAUGCGAUUAUGUGGAGAUACGGGAUUAUAUAGGCCUAUAUGUACACUCUGAAUCUGUCUCUGGGAUUUUUUUUUUUUUUUAAUGUAAGAUACUUUUUUUUUUCUAUUCGUUGGUCCCAUUAAUCUUAAGUUUGUUAGUGUGACUCAUAAGACCAAAAUGUUUUUGCGAGGGUUGAUUCUUCACAUUAUAUGAUGGAUUUUUUUUAUCAUCGACGUGCUGACAAUGAUUGAUUGUUGAGUUGUAAACGAGGAUGUUGAUAUAUACCCUUUUCCUUCUCUUGGCUGACCUCGGCGAAAGAGAAUCGAUUUUCUGACAAGUGAUGCAUCAGAUACUGUACAUGUAUGUAUAUAUUAUUAAUUUGUAGUCUUUCACUUUUUCCCAGACGCAGCUCUUGUGGUCCUGUUUUGUUAACUUUUGGUACGAUAUUUACAUGGGUUUUUCAUUCACCAUUUUCUAUAGUUCAUAGUUGUUUUUACUACUCGGAAUCGUUUGUGUAUUUACUUAUAUAUAU